CCCAUCCGAGACCCCGCACUUCCUUUUCAUGCUGGCCGCCUGGCAAAAAGGUUGAAGGCGGAAGAUGCAGAUCUUUGUGAAGACCCUCACGGGGAAGACCAUCACUCUUGAGGUUGAACCCAGUGACACCAUAGAAAAUGUCAAAGCAAAAAUUCAAGACAAAGAGGGCAUCCCCCCAGACCAGCAGCGUUUGAUCUUUGCUGGCAAGCAGCUUGAGGAUGGUCGCACCCUCAGCGACUACAACAUCCAGAAGGAGUCCACUCUCCACUUAGUGCUCCGUCUUCGUGGUGGUGCCAAGAAAAGAAAGAAGAAGAACUACACCACACCCAAAAAGAACAAGCACAAGAAGAAGAAGGUCAAGUUGGCCGUCCUCAAGUACUACAAGGUUGAUGAAAAUGGCAAGAUCACCCGCCUGCGCCGUGAGUGUCCCUCAGAAGAAUGUGGAGCUGGAGUGUUCAUGGCUUCACACUUUGAUAGACAAUAUUGUGGCAAAUGCUGUCUGACAUACGUUUUCAACAAACCAGAAGACAAGUAAAAUGAAUUUGCUGUAUAUAAAUAUGUGAAAUAAAAAAAAAUAUCCAACCUGA